AUGUCCUUGACAGUUGGAAUCGCUGGCCUGAGUGGUCGAUUUGGCCGUCUCGUUGGCGAGAUCCUCCUCAAGCGCCCUGCCUCCGAGGUCAAGUUGCGUGGCUUUUGCCGCGAACCUCGCAAGCUCGCCAAGUCGCUCUCUGGUAACUCCCGUGUGGAGGUUAUCCAAGGUUCCGCCUUCGACUCUUCGGCCGCCCGCACUUUUGCAAUGGGCUGCGAUGUGGUUGUAUGCUGCUAUCUGGGCGACGACAAGCUUAUGAUCGACGGUCAAAAGCUCCUUGUCGACGCGUGUGAGGCUGAGGGCGUUUCACUCAAGGACCAUUUGGAUACGAAGGAACAUAUCAAGGGCGUGCAUGUCAUGGUCGGCGCCUUCAUGGAUACUUUCUUUACGGCAUAUUUCGACUCCUGGGACCCAGAGAAGAAAGUAUUCACCUUCUGGGGAACUGGUGAUGAAGUGUUGGAGUUUUCAAGCUAUCGAAGCUCGGCCGAGUAUACCGCCUCGGUAGUGCUGGAUCGCAAGGCUGUGGGAGUGCAGAAGUUCCUUGGUGACCGUCUCAGCAUCAAGCAAAUCCUUCAGCUGUUUGACUCCCAGUAUGGCUUCAAGCCCGAGCUCAAUCUGGUCGGCUCCAAGGAAGACUUGUACAAGCACAUGUACGAAGUACAGGAGAAGGAGCCCGACAAUGUCUUCAAGUACAUGGUCUUGUUUUACAAGUACUACUUGAUCAACGGACAAACCCACCUCGGCGCUAUAGAGAAUUCGAAAUACCCUGACAUCAAGCCAGAGACGUUCCGAGACUUUUUAAGCCGACAUACCGUAGGCCAACUAUCGCAAGCAGUGGAGGCUUUAGAAUAG